UUUCGGAAGGACAAGGAUCAGAUGACACAGAUAUAUAAUAUAUCUAUGUUGGCAAUUGCUAAGAAGGCGUAGUCAUGGACUCGCGAUAUACGCUUAUUAUUUUCAUUGCGUUAUGUUUAAAUUCCAAACGCAUCAACGGUCAAACACAGUUGUAUCGAGGCGUGUUUCCAGAUGAUUUUAUUUGGGGCUGCGCAAGCUCAGCGUACCAAAUCGAAGGUGCUUGGAAUAUCGAUGGCAAAGGCGUGAAUAUUUGGGACACGUUCACUCACACACCAGGAAAUGUAUGGGGAAAUCAUACUGGAGACGUAGCGUGCGAUAGUUAUCACAAGUAUAAAGAAGAUGUGAAGCUUCUCAAAUCCUUAGGCGUGCAAUAUUAUAGAUUUUCACUCUCUUGGUCACGAAUACUUCCGAACGCUACGGCAGAUUACGUGAACCCCAAGGGUAUAGAAUACUACAACAACCUGAUUAACGAAUUGUUGAAAAAUGACAUUAAACCCAUGGUCACGUUGUACCAUUGGGAUUUGCCACAACCUUUGGAAGAUAUUGGUGGAUGGCUCAACGUAAACAUUAGCGAUGCAUUCAGCGAAUAUGCAAGAGUUUGCUUCAAGAAUUUUGGCGAUCGAGUGAAAUUUUGGGCUACUCUCAAUGAACCGUGGGUUUCUGCUGUCAUAGGUUAUGGCAACGGUGUUCAUGCGCCUGGUAUCGAACGGCCAAAAGACGGACCUUACUUAGCGGGCCACACGUUAUUGCUUGCUCACGGAAAAGCGUGGCAUGUGUACGACAAGGAAUUUUGAAAGCAACAAAAAGGCAGAGUCUCAAUCGUUUUGAAUUCCGACUACCAUUUUCCUGAGACAAAUAAAGAGGCCGAUUUGAAGGCUGUCGAACGUGGAAUGGCAUGGACAUUGGGUUGGUUUGCAAAUCCUGUCUACGUUAACGGAGAUUAUCCCGAAGUGAUGAAAACGUUGAUAGCGAGGCAUUCAACAUUGAAUAGGGAAUCAAACAGACUUCCACAAUUCACUGAAGAAGAGAAGAAAAUGUUGAAUGGGACAACAGAUUUCUUUGGCCUCAAUCAUUAUACAUCGGUGAUGUGUAGAGACAUUGACUACGGCAAGGCUGAUUGGAAUUAUUGGAUUGACAACGAGAUCCAAACCUUCAGGAAGAGUUCGUGGCUUCCAGGUGCUCCCUCAUGGUUGUACAAGGCUCCACAAGGACUGCGUCAACUUCUCUCUUAUAUAAAAAAGAAUUAUGGCGACCCAGAAAUUUAUAUCACCGAAAACGGUUGGAGUGAGAAGGGGGAAGAUAUGAGGGUCGGAGAAGCAGCGCUGAAUGAUACCGAAAGAGUUGGUUAUUACACGGAGUAUAUCAAUGAAGCUCUGAAGGCUUCGCGGCUGGAUGGUGUUAAUGUAAAAGGUUACUUUGCUUGGUCGUUGAUGGAUAACUUUGAAUGGCACACAGGAUAUCACGAACGUUUUGGGAUUCACAGGGUUAACUUUAGCGACCCCGAACGAAGACGUGUUCCGAAACAAUCGUCAAAGGUGUACGCAAAAAUUGUCGCAGACAACGGUUUUCCCGCAAUGGUUUUCCCGACGAAUAAAACGACAACUCCCAAGCCUGAUAGUGGUACGCCUGGUGCAAAGAAUCAGUACAUCUUUGAGGUGAUUUUGAUGGCGAUGUUUUUUCACGUGUUUUUUUUGCUCCAAGCAAUAGUCAUGGCAGUACAAGAAAUACUCAUUAUCGCUUUAGUACUGUGCCUGAGUGACGCAGUGUGUGGAAAUGAUGUGAAGUUGUAUCGAGGCACGUUCCCAGAUGAUUUUAUUUGGGGCUGCGCAAGCUCCGCGUACCAGAUCGAAGGUGCUUGGAAUAUCGAUGGCAAAGGCGUGAAUAUUUGGGACACAUUCACUCACACACCAGGAAAUGUAUGGGGAAAUCAUACUGGAGACGUAGCGUGCGAUAGUUAUCACAAGUAUAAGGAAGAUGUGAAGCUUCUCAAAUCUUUGGGUGUCAAAUAUUACAGAUUUUCCCUCUCGUGGGCAAGGAUUCUUCCGAACGGCACCGCGGACAAUGUCAAUCCCAAAGGAAUCGAAUACUACAACAAUCUGAUCGACGAAUUAUUGAAGAAUGAUAUCAAACCGAUGGUUACGUUGUAUCACUGGGAUCUACCACAAGCCCUGGAAGAUAUGGGAGGAUGGCUCAACUUUAGUAUAAGUAAUAUUUUCAGGGAUUACGCAAGAGUUUGCUUCAAGAAUUUUGGCGACCGAGUUAAAUUUUGGGCUACAUUGAACGAGCCUUGGGUUUCGGCUAUCAUAGGUUAUGGCACUGGCGUACACGCCCCUGGUAUUAAACGGAUGAAAGAUGGACCAUACCUAGCGGCUCACACCUUAUUGCUAGCCCAUGGCAAGGCUUGGCAUGUGUACGACAAGGAAUUUCGAGAAAAACAGAAAGGUAGAAUCUCAAUUGUAUUGAAUGCUGACUGGCAUUUUCCGCAGGAGAACAAGCAACGGUUUUUCGAGGCGACAAAACGUGGCAUGGAGUUUUUCUUGGGGUGGUUUGCAAAUCCAAUCUACGUCAAUGGAGAUUAUCCAGAGGUGAUGAAAACUUUGAUAGCGAAACACUCCCAAAUGGAGGGAAUUCCAAACAGGCUUCCGCAGUUCACUGAAGAAGAGAAAAAAAUGUUAAAUAGAACAGCCGAUUUCUUUGGAUUAAACCAUUACACGUCAACAAUGUGUGGUAAUCUUACGCACUUCAAAAACAUUUCUGCUGUGGACUGGAAUUACUGGGUUGAUAGAGAGAUAUACACCUACACAAAUGGAUCAUGGUUACGUGGUGCUCCCUCGUGGUUGAAUAAAGUUCCUCAAGGACUACGGAAUCUCCUGUCUUAUAUAAAGAAGAACUAUGGGAACCCGGAAAUUUAUAUCACCGAGAACGGAUGGAGUGAGAAAGGGGAAGAUGUGAGGGUCGGCGAAGCAGCGCUAAAUGAUACUGAAAGAGUUGGUUAUUACACGGAGUAUAUUAAUGAAGCCUUGAAAGCUUCGCGGCUGGAUGGUGUUAAUGUCAAAGGCUACUUUGCCUGGUCUUUGAUGGAUAACUUUGAAUGGCACACAGGAUAUCACGAGCGUUUUGGGAUUCACAGGGUUAACUUUAGCGACCCCGAAAGAAAACGUGUUCCGAAACAAUCGUCAAAGGUGUACGCAAAAAUUGUCGCAGACAACGGUUUCCCCGCAAAGGUUUUCCCGACGAAUAAAACGACAACUCCCAAGCCUGAUAGUGGUACGCCUGGUGCCAGGAAUCAGCACAUCCUUGUGGUAAUUUUGAUCGCCAUGCUUUUGCACAUAUAAUUUCUUUUGCUGAAAUUUGAAUUGCUAUAAUAGUCAUUUAGUGUGUAAUGAAGAAAGUACCUAUAUAAAGUGAUUUAAAAGAGACUGAUGAUUAAUUAUAUGUGAACAUUUGAUUUUUCAUGGAAUUUUGCCGGUUCACAAUUUUUGCAGCAAAUAAAUGUUUGUCUUCCCCCUUUAUACGCAAAUUUUGUAUUUGAUUAUUG